UUUUGUGUGGUUUCCUGCGGAGGCAGCAGUCAGGGCUGCUAUAUAUAGAGCGGAGGGCCCCCUGGUCCCACACAGCGCGAACCAACGCCUCCUCUCCGAGAUGGGAAAGAUCACCUUCUACGAGGACCGCGGCUUCCAGGGCCGCUGCUUCGAGUGCAGCAGCGACCACCCCAACCUGCAGCCCUACUUGAGCCGCUGCGGCUCCAUCCGCGUGGACAGCGGCUGCUGGAUGCUGUAUGAGCGCCCCAACUUCCAGGGCCCCCAGUACUUCCUGCGGCGCGGCGACUACUCGGACCACCAGCAGUGGAUGGGCCUGAGCGACUCGGUCCGCUCCUGCCGCCUCAUCCCCCCACACUCCGGCACUUACAGAAUGAGGAUCUACGAGAGAGAAGACUUCAGAGGACAAAUGUCAGAGGUCACAGACGAUUGUAUCUCUCUUCAGGACCGCUUCCACCUCAAUGAAAUCCACUCCCUUAACGUGCUGGAGGGCUCCUGGGUUCUUUACGAGAUGCCCAGCUACAGGGGAAGGCAGUACCUCCUGAGACCCGGGGAGUACAGAAGAUAUCUUGACUGGGGUGCUAUGAAUGCCAAAGUUGGUUCUUUUAGACGUGCCAUGGAUUUUUACUGAAGUAUUCACAUUCUCUACUUUUCUCCUUUAGAAUCUAAUAAAAUAUUUUAGCUUGUGUUUCUGGCA